AUGGGCGAACACGAGUCUGAGUCCUUGGAGGCUCGAAACCGGAAAAGGGCUGCUGACCCUGUGAACGGGGCAGAUGCCUUUCAACUACCGGAGGAGAUGAUGGAAUGGUAUCGGAGCUUAGAUUCUGCAGGUGCCCACGCGGCGUCCGAGGCCAAGUGGUGGCAAGACUUCUUAAAAGAUCAAUGCGAUCGAGCAGGUGGUUGGACACGGAACUGGCCCAUUCAUGCUAAACAUCCAGAGCUCAACCACUUGUAUGUUCACCGCCACAGUGCUCCAAUGCAUUUCGUGAUCGGAAGGCAAAGUCCCUUUUACAUCGAACGCUGCUUCCGGAACGACCGGAAGCGCGCGGUUUGGGCGGUCUAUUUUGGGCCUUUCUGCUCCAAUGGCGACUACCAGGUUGGCGUAGGCAAUGGUGGUGCCAUUGCUGCCCUGUUGGAUUUGAUGACUGCCACCUUGGGGAACAUCUACCUGCAGGGCAGGUGUCCUACCUUGUCCCUUUCGGUGAAGAUGUUAAAGCCGGUAGUGCCGAUGCCUGGCUUGUUCAAGGCAGAAGCAUGGAUUGAAAAAGAAGAGGCCGGAAGACUCUACACCAAGGCGGAGUUUAGCGAUGGCCAGGGGGUGAUUUUUGAUGUCUGUGAAGCCGUGCUGAAGGGCCUGCUGUUGCAGUUGGCAGAUGAGGAACUCGUGGUGAUGGCGUAUGCACUGGAACAGGUUGCAGAGGCGGCCAGCCGGCGCUUGGUGAAGGACCUGGAAGUCAGGGAUGAACUGCGAUCCACGUGCAUGCAUCGUCGUGAGUAUCUGCAACUGCUCGAGGGUGCACUGAGUCGCAACUGA